AUGGCGUUUCAGUUUGAGUCAUUGCCGAAUGAACUUUUUAUGCAUGAUAUAUUUCCUUACUUGUCACUGAUCGAUUUAAACUAUGCAUUCGUUUUGUUAAAUAAACGAUUUAAUAAACUUGUACAUUUAUUUCUAACUGCAGCAGUACAUCAUAUACAUAUAACCAGUGAUACAAAAUGGCACGAAGUUGAAUUUACAAUUGGCCGUGUUUUGCCGUAUCUUGCUGAAAAUCAUCAAUUUAAAACGUUCACUAUAUGCCAUCCUGAUCUUUUUCCAAAAUUUCUUACGUAUGCGGAUCGAAUCAACAAAAGUCACCUCAAUAAAAUCAUUGUGACACCGUUUAUCGAUAUCCAGUUUAAUGAUAUUAUCAAAUUUGUAUCUGAAUGUUUCGAAUUAAAUGAAAUAAAAUUGAAUAUUUUGACUAAUUCAGAUUCAAGUUGGGCCAAUGGUCGAAAAUGGGCUCGAUGGUUCGAAACGAUGCAGUACACUUGUCAACAGAAUACUCUAAAAAAGCUUGAAGUUUGUGUCUGGUGUAUAAACACAAAUGAUGCAAUUAAUUUCAAUCCACCACUUUGGGAUCAAGAAGGUAUCUACAGAAACAAUAGAAACUGGAAGGUACAGCUGAAGCCAGGUCAAGAAUUCGAUUGGCGCCGAGCGAGACGAUAUGUUGAAUUCAGUCGAAGUAGUCAAGAUUUUUCAGCCCUUUUUCGCAAUCAGCAAAAUUCAAAUUGCAUUAUUUCUUAG